GCAUCUAACCAGCGCGCUUUAGUUCUCUUUGGGAUCUGCUCUUGUGCGGUUUUCCAAUCUCCCUCCCGCGCUCUAACCUGUGUGCUACCUGCCAACGCGCUUCCCCGUUAGUAGACGAGCAAUUUCCUGAUUGAAUCCUGAUCGAAACUCUAACCUGGUAAACAGCGCUCUUCUUCUGGAACAAAAUCUUAUAAAACGGCUGUGACGAGAAUUUCACCUGAUCACAACUAAAAUUCCUAUCCCUUUGCCCUGACCUUUUGCUCAAUAACACAAAAUGGAUUUGGAUAUGCCACCAAAAGAUGAACCCAAUGUCACACUUACAAUUCGGCUCAUUAUGCAAGGAAAGGAAGUGGGAAGCAUCAUCGGUAAAAAAGGAGAGAUCGUAAACAGUUUCAGGGCUGAGUCCGGUGCCAAAAUAAAUAUAUCAGAUGGAUCUUGCCCCGAGAGGAUUGUGACGGUAACAGGUUCAACUGGUGCCAUUUUCAAAGCAUUCACACUAAUUUGCAAAAAAUUCGAGGAGUGGUGUUCCCAGUUCCAGGAAGUGAAUAGUAGCGGCAGCGGCGUGCCCAGGCCGCCGAUAACGCUCAGGCUGAUCGUGCCAGCCAGCCAGUGCGGAUCGUUGAUUGGCAAGGGCGGAUCGAAGAUCAAGCAAAUCAGAGAGGUUACCGGAGCUUCCAUCCAGGUGGCGUCCGAGAUGCUUCCGAAUUCGACCGAAAGGGCUGUGACCAUAUCCGGAACCGGGGAGGCUAUAACGCAAUGUAUCUAUCACAUUUGUACAGUAAUGCUCGAGUCCCCUCCCAAAGGAGCAACCAUACCCUACCGCCCCAAACCCCAAGUCGGUGGCCCCGUGAUCCUGGCCGGCGGUCAGGCCUAUACCAUCCAAGGCAACUACGCCGUACCCGCCCACACAGACGUAAGUAACUCAGUAAUGACUCCUCUACUUACUCCUCACUUGUCACUUGGCCAUCCUCUGACCGGCGCGGUGGCUCCGGUCACCGCUCCCCUUGUGCCCCUCGAGCCGCUUAAGAACGUGCAUUUGCAGGCAGCUCUACCGCCGGGGCAUCUGUUGCCAGAUAUUGCAGCACUUGGAAAAAGUCCCUUAGCAGGUCUAGCAGCCUUGGGUUUGGGCGGUUUAGCACCAGCAAAUACAGGUGGAUUGAAUCCAGCAGCCCUUGCUGCCCUCGCCGGAUCGCAAUUGAGGACUGCCAGCUCCCGAAACCAGCAGAAUGCCAACCAACAAACUCACGAGAUGACUGUACCAAAUGAGUUGAUCGGUUGCAUCAUCGGUAAGGGCGGCACCAAGAUCGCCGAGAUCAGACAGAUAUCCGGUGCCAUGAUACGCAUCUCAAAUUGCGAUGAUCGCGAGAGCGGAGUCACGGACAGAACCAUCACCAUAUCGGGGAACCCUGACGCUGUUGCGCUGGCCCAAUAUCUCAUAAACAUGAGUGUUGAACUGCAGAAAGCUAACCUUGAGGCCCAAAACUCUCCCAGCACUGGCGGAACAAGCCAGUCCUCCACCACCGCUGCCUCUCCCUUGGCCAGUGCAAUUCCCCUCGCCCAAUUGCUCACCAAACCUGGGGCCCUCAACGCUCUGACUAGUCUCAGUGCACUGGGUGGCCUCACUGAGCUUUUGGGCGGCCAAACCGGAGCUCCUCCUGUCCAGACCACAGGGGUUCAUCGAUCCCACAAGAAUUACACUCCCCGACUCCGAUCCCCUGGCGGCAGUGGCCAAUCCGAAGGAUCCAAAGUCAAGAACGACAGAAAAUUCAAUCCUUAUUGAAAAAAAAAACUAACCACAACCCGAAAUCAAGAACAUUUCGAUUCUUUCAGUUCGCUAUAUCCUAUUCCCUUUUUGGGUCCUAAGAAGACUUUUAAUUAUUUUUGUUUUAUAAUUUUUUCAGUAACCCAAAGAUAAAAAUUUAUUUGGUAUGAUUAGUUUAUACAGUUAGUUUUUUUCCUUUAUUGUAUACAAAAGUUAUCCAAUAUUUAUAUAUCAGUGAAGUCAGCAAUAUGGCAUAAAUAGACAACAAUUUAUUAUAUAUCGUAUCUAAGCACUAAUCAUUUUUUCUCCGAUUCCUUAAUCAUAAAAGCAUAAUUGUAUAUAUUAUAAUUUUCAGUAUUGAAAAAAUUUAAAACUUGAAAAAUAAUGAGAGAUCAUUGUUAUUGACUUAAAUGCAUAAAUUUUUAUGCUGUUUCAUAAUCUCUGUAGUUUUAAGUCUUGUAAAACAAAAGGGAACAAUAUUAUUUUUUGUUAAUUAUCGUUUUUGUUUCAUUCACACUUCGUGAAGGAAAACGAUCCAUAUUUUUUUGUUCAUUUGAAUUCUUUCGAAAAGGUUUGUAUUUAGAUAUGAAUUAAAUUAUUUGGACUAUAUCAUUGAAACCAAAUUGUAUUUCACAUUCUGAAUAUUUGUGAUGGUGUAUGACAGUAUUUUGAUUUCCAAAAGAUAUCAUAAAUUUAUGAAUCUUUCGCCGAAAUAAUUGAAAUUGAAUAAAUAAGGAUACAAACUUU